AAAUUUGAAUCUCUAACACGACAAGUCGUAGGGAAUAAGGAAUCGGAGUACAAAACCCUAGUUAAGUUAACAAUGGGGAUAUAAAACCCAGUCCAUCUUCACUCUGUCUCACACCGGACUUGCAAAACCCUUCUCCUGUUCUCAUAGGACGGAAAAAACAAGGCGAAGAUGGAAAGUUCUGUCGACGAAACAGCGAAACAAGUCUCUAAUUUAUCAAUGGACGCCGAGUCUACAGCUUCUGGAGGAGAAACUGUCAGCAAGAAUGCGCGCAAGAAGGAAUUGAAGAAUAAGCAGAGGGAGGAAGAGAGACGACGCAAGGAGGAGGAGAAAGCCAGACAGGCUGCAGAGAGGACUAGUACCCAUGUUCAGAAACCUGCAGCUGCUGAUGAUGAGGAUAUGGACCCAACGCAAUACUAUGAAAAUCGGCUGAAAUAUCUUGCUUCUCAGAAGGCUGAAGGAAAAAAUCCAUAUCCUCAUAAAUUCUCUGUUUCAAUGUCCAUUGUAGAAUUUAUAGAAAAGUAUGGAGGCUUGAGCAAUGGAGAGCAUGUUGAGGAUGUCAAUGAAUCUUUGGCUGGUCGAAUUAUGAAGAAACGAUCCUCCUCAUCAAAGCUAUUCUUUUAUGAUUUGCAUGGUGGCGAUGUUAAAGUCCAAGUGAUGGCUGAUGCGAGCAAGUCAGGCAUGGAUGAAGCUCAAUUUUCGAGGUUUCACUCCAGCGUGAAACGUGGUGAUAUUGUUGGUGUCAUUGGGUUUCCAGGAAAAACUAAAAGGGGAGAGCUAAGUAUUUUUCCAAGAUCUUUUACGGUUUUAUCUCAUUGUCUGCAUAUGAUGCCAAGGGAGAAACCUGGUCAGAAUCCCAAUGUAAAGAGAACUGACAUCUGGGCCCCAGGUCAAACCAGGAAUCCUGAAGCUUAUACUUUAAAAGAUCAGGAAACUCGCUAUCGUCAACGUUAUCUAGAUCUGAUGUUGAAUGCUGAGGUUCGACAGCUAUUCAAGGCCCGAUCUAAGAUCAUAUCAUAUGUUAGAAGCUUUCUUGACAACCUUGAUUUCCUGGAGGUUGAAACACCCAUGAUGAACAUGAUUGCUGGGGGAGCUGCUGCUCGCCCAUUUGUUACUCAUCACAAUGAGCUGAACAUGAGGCUCUACAUGCGUAUUGCACCUGAACUUUAUCUUAAAGAGUUAGUUGUUGGUGGUCUGGAUCGUGUUUAUGAGAUAGGAAAACAAUUUAGAAAUGAGGGUAUUGACUUGACUCAUAACCCUGAGUUUACGACCUGUGAAUUUUAUAUGGCUUUUGCGGACUACAAUGACCUGAUGGAACUAACUGAGAGAUUGUUGAGUGGAAUGGUCAAGGAACUUACAGGGGGCUACAAAAUUAAAUAUCACGCAAAUGGGCUUGACAAUGAUCCAAUUGAGAUAGACUUUACACCACCUUUUAGACGGAUUGAUAUGAUAGAGGAGUUAGAGAAGAUGGCCAACCUCAACAUUCCAAAGGACCUUUCCAGUGAUGAAGCUAACAAGUAUCUUGUUGCUGCUUGUGAAAGGUUUGAUGUCAAGUGUCCUCCUCCGCAGACAACAGCUCGUCUGUUAGACAAAUUGGUAGGGCACUUCCUGGAAGAGACUUGUGUGAAUCCUGCCUUCAUCAUAAAUCAUCCUGAAAUUAUGAGUCCUUUGGCAAAAUGGCAUAGAUCGAAACCAGGCUUGACCGAACGAUUUGAAUUAUUUGUGAACAAGCAUGAGCUAUGCAAUGCAUAUACUGAAUUGAAUGACCCUGUGGUACAACGUCAGCGAUUUACUGAACAACUCAAGGAUCGACAAUCAGGCGAUGAUGAAGCAAUGGCUUAUGACGAAACAUUUUGCACUGCUCUUGAGUAUGGGUUACCCCCUACUGGUGGCUGGGGAAUGGGUAUCGAUAGACUAGCUAUGUUGUUAACUGAUUCCCAGAAUAUCAAGGAGGUGCUGCUCUUCCCAUCUAUGAAGCCUCAAGAUGAACCUCCUGCUAAAGCAACUUGAUGAGUUGGAGACAGAGGUGAAGUUGCUGUCAACUGCUGAUAAAUUUUACCAUAUUGCCUUCCCUUCAUUUUUUGCGCCAACUCAAUUUUUAUUGGGGAUGAUCAUUUGACACUGCCUGUUAAAAGUAUGUGAAAUGUUAUGAAAUGCUCUCAUUAAAUAUAAUUUUAUACGAGAUAUUUGUUACC